AUCCACAGAGCUGGCGUUCUCUCCUCCUGGUAUGUCAUUGUACCGCAUUUGUAGGUGAAGAAGGACCUACGGAGAAGAGAACAUGCUGUGACGAUGCGAGCUAAUACAUCAACAUUUGGUAGGAUUAAUAAGAACGACAGGAGCGAAAGUGACGUUUUAGAUGCACCACCAGGAGGGCUAGAUUCGAGUCUUGCCGUGCGAUUAAACGUUCUUCCAGUGGUCCCGAUGUUUCUAGCGUAAUGACGUCAUCCACAGCUGUCGCGCUACAUCUAUGAUAUGAAGUGUAUCAGCUCAGGCAUCUGAAGGGAUCCUAAAGGACUAUAGUACUUCUCAAAGAUCUCAAUUAUUUCAAUUAUGGCACCUAAGAUCUUCCUCACCGGCGCGACUGGGUACAUUGGAGGCGACACCCUCUUUGCGCUGUACGACAAGCACUCUGAUUACGAGAUUUCGGCUCUUGUGCGAACAGAGGAAAAAGCAAAGACUGUCACCGAGACUUUCCCCAAGGUCCGAAUCGUCAUCGGUGGUUUGGAUGACUCCAAGACCCUGGAAGAUGAGGCAGCAAAGGCAGAUGUAGUCAUUCACACCGCAGAUGCGUCCGACCACGAAGGCGCCGCAAAGGCGAUCGCAAAGGGCCUUGAAUCCGGUCACUCUAAAGAAAAGCCCGGUUUCUGGCUACACACUGGCGGUACCGGCAUUCUGUGCUGGGAAACUAUGCGCGACGACAACAAGCUAGGCGAAUGGUCAGAACGCGAAUACAACGACUGGACCGCCGUGCAAGACCUGACUGGCCUACCUAAAGACGCAUUCCACAAGAACGUCGACGAUCUCGUACUUUCAGCCGGAUCUGAAUCAGUCAAAACAGCUAUCCUGUGCCCACCAACUAUCUACGGACGCGGAAGAGGCCCAUCGAACACCAGGAGUCGACAAGCGUAUGAACUUGCGCAUCUGAUCCUGACCGGCGAAUACAUUCCUAUCAUCGGCCAAGGAAAAGCACGCUGGAACAACGUCCACGUCUCCGACCUCGCACAGCUCUUUGUCCUACUCACUGAAGCCGCGGUGAAAAACAACACCGACGCUAAGCUUUGGAAUGAACAGGGUUACUACCUCGUUGAGAACGGAGAGCACCUUUGGGCUGAUCUCGCGCGUCUUAUGGGUAAGAAGGCGACGGAGCUGGGUCUUGUCAGUAAGAAGGAAAUGAAGGAGCAACAGUUAGGUAAGGAUAAGGCGAUUGAGCAGGCCGGCUUCGAGGCUGUGAGUUGGGGGUUCAACAGCAGGGGUAAGGCGGAGAGGGCGAAGAAGUUGGUUGGGUGGCAGCCGAAGGGACCGAGUAUUGAGGAUACUGUUGAGGAGAUAUUGAAGGAUGAGAAGGGGAGGUUGGAGAAGAAGUGAGGGGUAUAGUAACUUAUCGAUGUAUAUUAGCUCUUAUCUGGCAAGACUCCAGGAUGCGUGCAAUCAAACGGCUCAGUAAGGCGAACCUCCGCAUAUCUUAGCCGCAUCGAUACGACGCUCAUGCUGCGCCACAAUCCUCAGCCGGCCUGAUGUUUCACACGCCAGGCAGCAGCGUUUGCACCUGAUAG